AUGACGGAUCAGGCGGAUGAAGGCAGAGAACGCUCUGGCACCCGCGACGUCUGGCCGACGGCGAACCAAGUAGCCAACAGCCCGGAAUCAGAGCUAUCGAAGAAAUCGCAAGACCAACCCCUGAACCGCGCCUGUGAGGCCUGUCGGAUAUCCAAAGUUCGAUGUCUCGUGAAUCCCGACGCAAGCUCGACUCAAUGCCAGCGCUGCGCCAAGGCUAACCGAGCGUGCAUCUUUGCACCACCAGCAAAGAGGCGACAACGGAAACGGACAGAUGUGCGGGUGACUGAGCUGGAGAAAGAAAUACAGCAGAUGCGCAGCCUGUUAAAGGCAAAUUCACAUGCAUCCCACGAUGUCAGCGAACACGAAUCAGGUGAUGCCGAAUCCGACGAGCAAGCGAAUGCUCGGGAAGAGGAGACGGCGUCCACUUCUCAGAGAAAGUCGAGCACGGGAACAGCAGCAGCGCCAACAAGAUUUGGCAGUUUUGCUGCCCCGUCCAACAAACCCCCAAUGGCGGACCCUCUCGCCAACAGCGCUCCGAAGGAUUUCCUCGGGUCUUCUGAGAAUGACAUCAUUGAUCGCGGUGUCAUUUCAGAGGAUUUGGCACGUGAGCUUUUCAGCAUUUGGCGCAAAGAGCUGGUCGCUGCUUGUCCGGGUAUUACAAUUCCCAAGCAUUGGAGCGUCUUCGAUCUUCGAGAAAAUAAGCCCGCGCUCUUUCAUGCCAUCAUGGCUGCAGCUGCCCAUUCAAAGGGCUCUGCUUUGUCCGACAGGCUUCAUGAAGAAGCGGUGCUUCUCUAUGCCCGUUCGGCUUUCAUCAAGGGCGAGAAAUCGGUUCAGGCUAUCCAGGCACUGCUAGUCACUGUGGCGUACUAUUCGCCUUCCAAGACGCCAGGACAGCUGCAAAUACACCAGUGGAUUAACAUGGCAGCAUCCAUGGCGCUAGAACUAGGCUUGACGUCGAAGCCUAGAACACACGAACAAUUGCCAAAGCGCGCCAUUCGAUCUCUGCAAAAGAUCUCCUCGCCAGAAGAGUUGCUGGAGCAUUGUCGGACCAUCAUAUUACUCUAUAUUGUCAGUGCUGGCUUCUCCAUGAGAUUGAAGCGGCCGAAUAUCUUGCUGUUCAACAGCUGGAUGGGAGAAUGUUUUGCGAUUCUGGAAAAGUCGAAACAAUUGGAGGAUAAGAGGAUAGUGGCUUGGCUGAAGCUCCAGAGAAUUGCCGAUGAGGCUAAUACAGCAUUUGGCUUUGACGAUGCAAGCACCAGCUUCAGCCUCUCGGAGCUGCGGAUGCAGAUGAUCCUGCGAAUCUUUGACCGGAGGAUGCGAGAUUGGAGGAAAUCUGUUCCUAAUGACGCAAUGACAUUGAGUCUUGAGUUUGAGUAUUACGCAGACAUGAUGUCUAUGUGGGAGUUUGGCAUGGAUGGAGGUCGCUUUGACGUCAUCGAUUUUAGAAACAGGCACGUCACACUUCCAGCAUUAGACGACGAUAGCAUACAACCUGAAUCUCUUCUCUCCCGGUCCGCCCUCCAAAUCAACGCGACUACAAAAUGCAUAAAUGCAGCGCAAACAAUACUAGACCUCUUCAUCGCCGUCCCCGUCGACGAGCUACGCAAAUCACCCAAUGCCCUCUACGUCCGAGCAGUCUACUCGCUGAUCACGCUAAUGAAGACCGAGUACGCCGUCGGCACUGACCCCGAAAUGGGCGAGCUUCUCGAAAGCCAGAACCUCAAAGUAAACUACUACCUCGACAUGGCGCUGAAAAAGACAAGCGAAGCAGCGGGACCACAGCAAUGCCGAAACCCCAGCCACUGGCGCUUUAUCCUCGAAGCCAAGCUCAAAGCCUGGUGGGACGAGUACGAAGAAUGGCGAAAAGAAGACCGACAUCUCAAGCGCCGGAAACCAAAUCCAAGCAGCAGUAGUAGUAGUAGUAAUGCGAAAGGAGGAGGCUCGCAAUCAGGUAACCAACCACCGGAAUUCGCCACUCAAAAUUUACAGCAAAGACAACAUGUACAUCAACCACAACCGCAACACCAACACCAACGACACACCACAUCCACAUCCACCGUCCGCCCAUCUCCCUCCACCUCCACCUCCUCAUCCCACCAUCCCCCAGACCAACAUGACACCCCAUCAAUCCCCCCCAUGACCACCGACCAAACACCCUUCACAUCCGACAUGGGCGACUUCUCCGCCGCCUUCCAGAACGGCGACUUGUACCUCUGGAAUGACCUCACGGCGGAUAAUUUCGGCGGCGGCUGGGUUCCUCAGGGUGGCUCGUAUAUCGAUAUGGGGUUUGGAGGUAUGAAUGGGCAGGGGUUUUGA